AUGGCUGUGAUAAGUUUUGGUUCCGCAAGUACAUUAGAAACUGGUCAACGUCGUAGAAAUGCAUGUUCAUUACCUUUACAUUAUAUACAAAUAUUAGGAAUAAUUGUUAUCAUAUUUCUUAUUUUAAUGAACUAUCUAACAUUAUGUGUUAAUAUUCCAACACAUCAUUGGCAAUGGUUAAGUAUUGUUAUAUCAUCAAUAAUUAUUCUUCCAUUUUUAAUUGCUUUCAUUAUCAUAACAUUUUUGGAUCCAGCUGAAGAUGCAGUAAUAAAUCAAAGUCGUGGGCCGAAAGCUAAUUUUGAUCGUCGUGUUCAUGAACAUGUUAUAACAAAUCUUUAUUGUAAUAUAUGUGAAGUACAUGUUACAGCUAAUGCAAAACAUUGUUCAUCAUGUAAUAAAUGUAUUUAUUCAUUUGAUCAUCAUUGUAUCUGGCUCAAUACAUGUGUAGGAGGAAAAAAUUAUCGUCUAUUUUUUUCGAUGUUAAUAUUAAUUGUUGUUGGAACAUUAUUUAUAUUCAUAAAUAGUUUACUUCAAUUUAUUGGUUCAUUUCAAGAUACAUCUUCAAAAUUAAGUUUAACACCCUACUAUAGUUUUGAUCAAUAUGCUGUACUAAUGAUUUCUUCAUCAAAAGUUGCAUUUCAAGUUCUAUCAGCCAUUGUUUCAUUUAUCUCUCUCGUUACUUGUGGAAUGACUGGAUAUCUUCUUGCUUUUCAUAUUUAUUUAUGUUAUAAGCAUACAACAACAUAUGAUUUUGUCAUUAGUCGACGGCAUAAUCGUACAGUUGAUGAAACUAUAUUACAAUUUAAUCAAUUAGGUCGAAAUCCGAAUAGUAUAUCAACAGAAACAACAGGACAAUCGACGAAUUUAUCAAGAUUUUUUCCUCUAAAGAGAAAAAAGAAUAAUCGAGUCGCAACUACACAAGCAAAUGGUCAUAAUAUAUCUAAUGAUUCAAAUCGUAAUCAAAAUGGACAGGUUUUUACAAUUGAAGGACAUAAUAGAGAUAAUCCACGACAGUUACAAGUACGUCAAAGUACAAAUCGAGAAUCGUGUGUUUAUAAUAGCUCAUAUGAAGGAGCCGAUGAACAAAAUCAAGAGUAA